AUGAUCAGAUUGAAAGGAGUUUUUAAUCAGGAACAGCGACGGCAUCUUCUGAAGGACCAUGACCGCAUUGGUGCGCUUUCUUUCUCUGUGCUUGCCCGCGAAAAGCAACCGCUUGUGAUUGAUACACGACCGCCGCAUGAAUACACCAUCGGGCAUCUGCCCAAUGCCAUCAACAUACCCAUGCAGCGAUUGUGUCGCGCAGAGCUAGCUGAUAUAGUUCGUCAACUCGGUACCGAUUUUGAUAAAAUGAAAGAGAGGGGAGACAUACCCAUGCAACGAUUGUGUCGCUCAGGGCUGGCUGAUAUAGUUCGUCAACUCGACACCGACUGUGACAAAAUGAAAGAGAGGGGAGUUUAUGUGAUUUGUCGUCGAGGGAACGAUUCACAGGAUGCAGUGCUUCAUUUGCGCGAGAAAUUUAAAGGAUUGCCUGUUUGCAUCAAGGACAUCAUUGGCGGUUACCAGAAGUGGUCGCAGAUUGUUGAUAAAGAUUUUCCAAUUUAUUAA